UUGAAUGGGAAGAUGGUCUUUUGGCUAAGGUUUAAUUUUUUAAUAAUUGGUAGUGCCCGGCAAAAUCAUUUUUUGGGUCCGGGCCAGUAUUUUGGGUCUAAAUUCAAGCUGGGCCGAAUCCGGCCUGGAUUUCUAUUGGGUAAAUCCGGUCCGGAAAAAUCCGGAGACAACGAAAAAAUACCCGAUUUCCUCUAUUUUUACCCUUUGUGCAGUUUCCCCCACCAGUGCAGUUUCCCUCCCACCAUAUUUUUUAAAUACCAUAAUAGUCAGGCCCCCGGAUCUGUUCAGUCGCCUGAUAUUAAUCGACACUCAAUUUUUCUUUUUUUUAAGUUCUCCUACAUCUGGCUAAGGGAUAAUGCACGUAGACGUCCAAGCCUCAUUCAUUUGGAUCUGAAUACUCGCCCAGAAGAAAUUAAAUGUUCAAAAGAAGCAUUAGAAGUUCAAUGGCCGCCGUUUGUUGCCUCAAAAUAUACUUCUUCAUUUCUUCGUCAAAAUGCUUUUAAUCAAAAUGAUCGUCUAAAUAAAAUUUCUGAUCUACUUAAAGACACUUCAACAACUGUAUCCUCAUCCUCAACACCAACAGAAAAACAAAGUCACUCAAUUUUGGACCCUUCUAAAAUGGAUUCGUUAGAUGAGAGCAUGGCAUUGGGAACGUGUUAUUGGGAGGAUUAUGCACAAGAACCGGGAACUGUUUGGCCCCAUCUUUCACACGUCCCCUCAAUUGUAACCAUUGAAACAAUGAAUGGUCCAGCACAAAUUUCAAUUGUAAAUACUUGUAAAACAUUGUCACAACUACGAGAACACUCACCAGAAGAAUUUGAAUUUUUGGCUAAUUCAAUUUUGGAAUACAACGGAGGAGGAUUAUAUCGUUCAAGGCAUCCAAUUUGUUCUGUUGAUGAAGAUGGAAAUAUUCAAUCGGGUGUUUUCAACAAUGCAGCUCGUUCCAGUACAAUUACAGUGAAAUCAUUGGACAGGCUAUACGAAUCCCUUCAAAAAUUUGGCCGUGUAUGCGCUGAGAAUACACAAAUAAUAACUUUAAUGCCUGGCCAGCGUCUUUUAUUUAACAAUAAAGAAGGAAUGUUGGGAGCACCUGCACAGAGAGGACGUCUUUUAAUGCUCAAAUGUUUUUCAUGA